GUGAGCACCGUCAUGUCGAGAGAUGCUACGGGGGAGGUUCCCGCGGGUUCAGCGGUGGCGGCGGGGAACAGGCUCGUCUCCGAACCCGCUUUCGAGCUCCUCUUCUCAGAGAUCAUCGCCUACACGGGGGCCUACGUUUCGCACUCGGCAGCAAGCCACGCUACGGACAGAUUGAGAGCGUCCGAGGCAGGCGUAGAAGACGAGGGGGAGGGGGAGAAGGGGGGAGGUGGUGGCGAUGAUGGAAGUGAUACCGGUGGGUCGCUAGUGGAGCCGAAUCCGGCGUCGGUCGGGGCUGGGCACCAGCUACUCCCGUCGGAUCAAGCGCAGCAGAUGGAGGCAAGAAUCGAAAGCAUGGGGUACGAGGUGGGGUACCGGCUGGUGGAGAGGACAUGCCAAAGGCGGUGGAUGGGAGGGGACCAGCUGGAAGCGAUCAAGUUCGUUUGCAAAGACUUGUGGUCGGAUCUGUUCAAGAAGCAGGUGGACAAGCUGCAGACGGACCACCAGGGGACAUUCGUGCUCAAGGACUCGAACUUCCGGUGGACUUCUCGCUACGCCGAAGACGACACGGCGGGGAGUCGCGAUCUGGUGAACCGGUUGUUGCAGCUGCCGUGUGGCCUCGUGCGGGGGGCCCUGGCUAAUCUCGGCCUGGUGGCCGUCGUGAGGGCGUCGUUCUUGGACGACCGGGGGGGCAUGUCCGAUUUGCCCGCCGUGUCUUUCACCAUCAAGAUCCGAGUGGGAGGCAGCAACCAGUAG